CCAGUUCGGUGUCCAGUAAACCGAACUGCAAGCAACAUGGGGACAAAUAGGAGGCUACUGAUAUCUAUAGGAGGCUUCCUGAUAUUACUAACCUGUAUCCAUGCACAAGGUCAAAAUAUUUCAGAAGAAGAUUGGGAUUCCGUUGAACAAGACUAUGGAGAGAUGAAUGUAGACAACGAUUACUCUGGUGAAAUACAGCAGACUGUCGGAGAGGACGAUGAAGACAUACAGCAGACUGUCGGAGAGGACGAUAAAGACAUACAGCAGCAGUCAAAUGGAAAUCCUUCACGGGUGAACAUUAUGACAUCGCCUCCUCCGGUUUACCGAAAUCAAAAUCCAUCUCAUAACAUAAACAUUUGCAGCACCUUUGGUAACUGUCACUAUAAGACCUUUGAUGGAGACAUCUACCAUUUUCCUGGGCAUUGCAGUUACGUGUUAGUACGCCAGUGCAAGAACAAUUAUGAAGAAUUUUUUGUGGCAAUCACACGUCAGGCCAAGAACAAUGUUCCCGUCAUCACUGCCAUUCACAUGACAAUAGGUGGUGUUGAUAUUUCCUUUUUUGAGAAGACUGUUGUUGUGAACCAAGAAAAUGUGGAGAAACUUCCAUACAGUGUUGGCGGAAUCGAAAUCUCAAGGGAUGGCAAUCAUAUAAGGACACAAUCCCACACUGGCAUUGACAUAUUGUGGAAUGAAGAAGACUCUAUUACGGUGCAACUCAGUAUGAUAUAUGCCAACCAAACCUGUGGUCUCUGUGGUGACUAUAACGGGAUUCCCAUCUACAAUGAGUUCCUCCUCAAUGGUGCCCACUUGACCAAUCUUCAGUAUGGUAGCCUUCAAAAAUACAAUCCACCAGAAGAAAAAUGUGAGGAAACUAUACAGGAAGAGGAAACAACAUGCCCUCAAAGUAAACAUUUAUGUACAUCUGUUCUGACUGGCACAGCUUUCCAAGAGUGCAAUAAAAUUGUGGAAGUUCAGAAGUACAUUGAACUCUGUGAGCAGGAUAUCUGUAGAUGCAAAGGAAAUUCAACAGGGUUCUGUCUUUGCAACAUCUUUAGUGAGUAUUCCAGACAGUGUACUCAUGCCGGAGGAAAACCAAAGAACUGGAGAACAUCUAAAAUCUGCCCUCCGAGAUGUGCAUUCAACCUACAAUAUAGGGAGUGUGACACUCCCUGUAAAGACACCUGUAGUAACCCUGAACACUCGUUGACCUGUAAGGAGCACUGCACAUUUGGCUGCUUCUGUCCAGCAGGGAUGGUGUUUGAUGACAUCAGAAAAACAGGUUGCAUUCAAAAGGAGGCAUGCCCCUGCACCCAUAACGGAGAUGUUUACCCAUCAGGAAAAGGAUAUUCCGAGAAAUGUCAAGACUGCACUUGUAUGGGAGGAAAAUGGAGCUGUGUUAAAAAGGCAUGCAAUGGUGUUUGCUCUAUUGAAGGAGGUUUUCACAUCAAUACCUUUGAUCUUACCAGCUACAACCUCCAUGGAGACUGCACCUACACACUAUCUAAGAUAUGUGACUCCAGCCUCUUCAGUAUUUUGGUAGAACUUAGCAAAUGUGGACAUACAGAUACUCAAACUUGCCUCAAGAGCAUUUCCCUGAACAUGAAUGGUGGAAAGGAGAUGAUCUUUAUCAAGAAAUGUGGCAGUGUAUAUAUUAACUCUGUCUACACCCAACUGCCAGUCUCAACAGCCUCUGUUACCUGCUUCAUGCCUACAUCUUUCUACAUGAUAAUCCAAACGAAUAUGGGCCUACAGAUGAAAAUUCAGAUGGUGCCCUCCCUGCAAGUUUAUGUUUCCAUUGAUCCAAAAUAUAUGGGCAAAACUUGUGGUCUUUGUGGCAACUUCAAUGGCAUUCAAGCCGAUGACUUCAAAUCUCCUGCUGGAGUUAUAGAAGGAUCUGGAGCAUCUUUUAGCACUUUUUGGAAGUCUCAACUUGACUGUCCAAAUGUCAAAAACAACUUUGAAGAUCCCUGUGCCCUCAUUAGUCAGAAUGAACAAUAUGCAUCCCACCAUUGCGACUUGCUACUGGCCAGUGAUGGACCAUUUGCCAGCUGUCACAAGACUGUUGAUCCCGGGUCAUUCCAUAAGAACUGUAUGUUUGAUGCCUGCAAUUGUGAGAACAAAGAAGACUGCAUGUGCAGUGCCCUCUCAUCCUAUGUGAAUGCCUGCUCUAGAGAAGGAAUUGACUUACGCGGGUGGAGAUCAAAUAUUUGCCAUUCAUACACCACCACCUGUCAGCCUGGUCAUGUCUAUAGCUACACUGUCAGUACUUGUAUGCCUAGCUGCCGUUCUCUCAGUGAACCUGAUAUCACCUGUAAAUAUGACAUUGGCACUGUUGAUGGUUGCAUUUGUGAAGAUGGAACCUACAGAGAUGACAGUGGAGGUUGUGUUGUCCCUGCUCUUUGCUCUUGUUAUUACAAGGGAACUGCUAUGUCACCUGGAGAGGUCCUUCAUGAGGGUGGGUCAAUGUGUACCUGCACAAAUGGAAAAAUGGAUUGUGUUGGUGUAAAUCCUGUGGAACAAAAAGUAUGUGAACACCCAAUGGUCUACUUCGACUGUGAUAAUGCCACUGUUGGGACCAAAGGCUCUGAGUGUCAGAAAAGCUGUUCAACUUUUGAUACGGACUGUUAUAGCUCUGGUUGUGUAUCUGGCUGUGUAUGUCCUGAAGGGCUGGUGCAUGAUGAUGAAAGAAACGUAUGCAUUGCUGAAGAUGACUGUCCUUGUACACUCAAUAAUGACUACUAUGCACCAGGAGAAACAGUCCAGGUCAAAUGCAACACUUGUACCUGUAAGCAAAGAAAGUGGGAAUGUACCACAAAUACAUGCCUGGGAACUUGUGGCACAUAUGGAGAUGGAAAUUACUACACCUUUGACAACAGAAGAUAUCGUUUCAAUGGAAAUUGCUGGUACACUUUGGCUCAGGAUUACUGUUCUAAUGACCCUUCUGAGGGUACCUUCAGAGUCUUAACAGAAAAUAAUCUUUGUGGUUCAAAAGGCACCACCUGCUCCAAAUCUCUCAGAAUCAUUAUAGGCAAAAUUGAGAUGCAACUUGCUGAACAGAAGUUUGAUGUAGUUAGGAAGGACACUGGACCACAUGUAUCCUUCAAAGUCCGGCAAAUGGGCCUCUAUAUGGUUUUUGAGUCAGCAAAUGGUCUGGUUGUGAUCUGGGACAGGAGAAACAUUGUCAUGGUUAAGCUGGAUCCAAAAUUUGAGGGGAAAGUCUGUGGCCUCUGUGGUAACUUUGAUGGAAAUGCUGCCAAUGACUACAUAACCAGAAGUCAGUCCACGGUUGGAGAUGUUCUUGAGUAUGCAAACAGCUGGAAACUUUCUCAGAGAUGCCCAGAUGCUGUGGACAUUACAGAUACCUGUGCCUCUAACCCAUACCGAAAAGCAUGGUCCCAAAAACAUUGUAGUAUCAUCACUAGUGGUGUGUUUGCUUCUUGUCAUGGUCUGGUGGACCCUGUCAAGUACCAUGAAGCAUGUGUCAACGAUGCUUGUGCUUGUGACAGUGGUGGAGACUGUGAUUGCUUCUGUACAGCUGUAGCAGCUUAUGCUCAGGCUUGUAGUGAGGCUGGACAAUGUAUCAAAUGGAGAUCUCCAAAUAUUUGCCCUGUAUUUUGUGAUUUCUACAACCAACAAGGUCAUUGUGAAUGGCACUACAAAGCAUGUGGAGCUCCAUGUUUGAAGACUUGUAUGAAUCCAACUGGUGCUUGUUUUAAUAAACUCAUUGGCUUAGAAGGUUGCUACCCUACAUGUCCUGAAGACAGACCAUUCUUUGAUGAGGAGUCUAUGCGUUGUGUUGCCUCAUGCAACUGUUAUGAUGAAUAUGCAGAGGAAUAUAAACCAGGAGAAAAGAUGCCAGGUCCAACCAGAUGUUCUGUUUGCACAUGUACAAAAAACGGGAUCGAAUGCAGCAAGUCAACGGCUUGCUGCAAAUAUGAAGGCAAAGAAUAUAUGCCCGGUGACAUAGUCUAUUACACAGCUGAUGGAAUUGGUGGUUGUAUAACUGCUACUUGUUUGGAAGAUUCAACAGUAGAAAAGAAGAUUGGCAUCUGUCAAACUACAGCAGCUCCAAGUACAACAUUUAACUUUAGUGCCUCAACUUCAACUGAAGAAUCAUCAACUAGUCAUGAAGGUUCCGCAACAUCUUCUACAACUUCUGAAGCUCUAACUACUUCCUCUGAAGUUUCACCCACUGCUUGUGUUGAGGCACAUGAAUGUACAUGGUCAGAAUGGUAUGAUGUGAGCAAACCUGAAAAUAGUGAAGGAGAUUUUGAAACAUUUGAGAAUAUUGAGAGCCAAGGUCACAAAGUAUGCAAAAAUCCAAGGAAAGUGGAAUGCAGAGCUAAAGAAUACCCUAAUUAUGCACUAAAAGACUUAGGGCAAAAUGUGACAUGCAGUCGAAAAAAUGGCCUUGUGUGUAAUAAUAGUGCAAAUCCACCUUUGUGCCACAAUUAUGAAAUGAGGACAGAAUGUUGUAAAUAUAGGGAAUGUACAACCACUUCUGCACCAACCAGUGUAGAACAUUCAUCAACAAAUACAGAGCAGACUUCAGCUCCAACAAGCUCUUCUGUUGAAAUUAAAACACAGUCACCCACAACAAAAGAACAUCCAACAUCUUUGCCUGUUCAGGCAACUUCACAAACACCUAUCAGCACAAGUGCUGCUACCUCUGGAACAUCUGAGUCAUCUGAAACAGUAACAAUAUCAUCUGAAACUACAUCAGAAACAUCAACAACUAAAGGGUCCACAUCUUCUGCUAUUGUAUCAACUAGUUCUAAAUCAACACCACAAAAAACACAAUCAACCACAUCCACAGGCUCAUCUGAAACAUCAAGCCCAGUGACAGAAAAAACAUUAUCAUCUAAAGAGACCCCAAAGACAUCUGCACCCUCUCCAACAACAAGCUGUGUGUAUAAGAUGGAAUGUCGUUGGACUCAGUGGUAUGAUAAUAAUAAACCUAAUACCAAAAGUGAUGGAGGAGACACUGAAAGUGUUGACGACGUUAAAUCUAGAGGGGGUCAAAUUUGUACAAUGCACGAAGUUGAAAACAAAAUGGAAUGUAGAGCUGUAGAUAAUAAAGGACUCGCUAUUGCUAAUAACAAUCAAAAAUACAGUUGUGAUAAGAACAGUGGGCUGAUAUGUAGCAACAGAGAGCAAACAAAUAAAACAAAGUGUUCCAACUAUCAAUUUCGGAUGGAAUGUUGUGAAAAAGUUUGCGAACCAGUACAAACACCUAAAGUAACCACAACUGAAAUUACAGAACCAAAAUCUACUAGUGGUGAAACAACAACUCAGGGAACAACCGGUCAAGGAUCAGAACCUUCACAGGUUUCCACAAGACCUUCAUCCUCAGCACCUUCAACCCCAUUAUUAACUGAAGAACCUACAACAUCACAUGAAGUGAUACCUUCACCAGCAACUCUCUGUGUAUAUAAGAUGCAAUGUCGCUGGACUGGAUGGUUUGAUAAUAAUAAGCCCAGCAAAAAAAGUGAUGGAGGAGACACUGAGAGCAUUGCAGAUUUAAAAUCAAAGGGCAAAGAGGUUUGCAAUGGCACGGAAGUUGUACACAAAAUUGAAUGUGGAGCAUUAGACAAUAAAGGUGUACCUAUUAUGAAUAACAGUCAAAAUUUUAGUUGCAGCCAGAAAGAUGGCGUGAUCUGCUUAAACAGAGACCAAAUUAACAAAGGAAAGUGUGAAAACUAUGGGAUGAGGGUUUUAUGCUGUGAAGAAGUUUGUGAACCUGUACCUACACCUGCAAUAUCAACAAUUCAAACUUCUGAGCCUACAACUAUUUCAUCUGCCACAACACAACCAACACCUGGCUCAACAAGCAUGUCAUCUACAGAAAUUCCGAAAAUAUCUACCCCAUCAGAGGGCACAUCCACUCCUUUAACAUCAUCAACAGUUAUAACCUCUUCUACUUCAACAACAGCAACAUGCAUACCUAAAAGGGAUUGCCGCUGGACACAUUGGUAUGAUCUCAAUAGGCCUACACAACAAAGUGAUGGUGGAGAAAGGGAAAGUCCAGAAUAUAUAAAAUCAAAAGGCCAUGAGAUAUGUGAGGUGCACGAAUUUCCAGGAAACAUCGAAUGUGCAGCUAUUGAUCUUGCUGGAGAAAUGAUUGCUGAUAACCAUCAAAUUCUGACCUGUGAUAUGGAAACUGGUUUAUCAUGCAAUAACACAGAUCAGAAAAAUAAUGAAACAUGUAAGAAUUUGAAAAUGAGGGUUCAGUGUUGUGUAUCAUAUUGUGAACCAGUUGUAGCAUCCACCAGACCUAGUCCAGUAGGAACUAAAUCACCGAGCCCUACCACAAGCUCAAUUACUGAACCUACUCUGUCUUCUCCCAAAGACUGUGAAAAUGAAAGAGCAUUAGAAUGUCGAUGGACUCAGUGGUUUAAUGAAAAUCAGCCAUCUACAGAAAUUACUGGUGGAGAAAAUGAAAAUUCUGAUAAAUUAACGUCUGCAGGAUUUGAAGUUUGUAAACCCAAUGAAAUUAAAAAUAAAAUUGAGUGUAAAGAGCGACAAAAUUCUUCAAUAGAAUCUGGACAAAACCUGGCCCAAAAAACUACCUGUAAUGUAAAAGAGGGCUUUAGUUGUAAGAAUCAAGAUCAGUCUGAAGGAAACUGCCGUGACAACAGUAUAAGGUUUGAAUGCUGUUCUGAAAAGUUUGUUAAAUCUUGCGGGGAAUCCACAACACCCUCACCUACUGAAGGUACAAGUGUGCCAACAACUAUUUCUAUAACUAAGUCUUCAUCAGAAACUCCGUCAGAAACGCCCUCAACGUCAGUUACUGCCACUAAACGUCCUGAUACCUCAUCUGACAUUACUCCAGGCAGUAGUACUAAAGAACCUUCUUCUCCAAGUUUGUCUUCAACUGGAGUUGUGUAA